CAACAAUAGUUUAAUGAAAUUUUUGUGGAAUAAAAGGCGAAAAUUCAAACAAAAUUCUAAAUUCCAAGUAGAAUGGUGGAAAAUUACUUCAAUACAGGAAGCUCAAGUCGGAGUUUCCGAAGCAACAGCAGUCAGCGAGGAUUUGAUUGCAGACCCCAGUUCCGACAGCAAAAGUCAGCAUCACUACGAAACAGCUGUGAACCCUCCACAUCAGCGGCGGCGGCGGCCGUACGUGCGAGCUACGACAACUGCGGCUGCCCGACCCGCAAGCUAUCAAACUCAGCCUCCUCAUCGCCGACACGUUUCAACGCGAGCACAAUGCCGAAAAUAUGCUCGAACGACUUGGACACCGGCGCAGGCAUGCUAUCAUCAACGCCACAGUCUGCGUACGGGAUGUCUCGCAACAGGUGUGGCCCUUCGGCUGCAUCCCUGGUACAAGAUUCUUGCAACAAUCUAAGCAAAGCUUCAACUGCAUCGUGUUGUUGCUGUUGCCCACAUUGCGGCAAACCGCAGGACCCAACGCAAACAACAACGGCCACAACAGCAACAUGUCCGCCAACCAAGCCCCCACUGCCAUGCAGGCCGAAGCCGCAACCGCCGAAGGAGGAGACGCCAUCACCCGAGGUGGAGUUCAAAUGUCGCAUGCGGAAAUUGCAGUUGGAAAAUUUGGUUAAAGAUCAGUACUGCCCAGGUGCCAUACAGAGUACAAUUGACUGUGAGCAGGACUUCAAUGAAGCGUCCUUUCGUCUGGUAUUCGGUUGUGAUCCAUUGCCCUGCACGCUACCCACCGUGGAGCCCAUCUCACUUUUGGAAGCGUUUGCAAUGCGUGUUGAGUUGGAGCGUUGUCUUCUCGCCGAGGAAACAAACUAUGCCGAGCAGAGAAGGUCAUCGCGACGUGGUUCAAACGAGUUGGACGAAGUCGACGAAUAUUUCGGUAAAAAGUACAAGACGGCGCUUAACGAAGCGCUGGCGAGCUUCUUGAAGGCGGAGAGGUGUUACUAUCUGGAGAAUCCAGAUAUGAACGCGCUCAGCAUGGAUGCACAAAUCAAUAAGACCUGCACGUGCCUGCCAAGCAGUUCUUUCAAAAUUACCGCCUACACGGGGAAUACGAGACCCAAUAUGCAGUAG